ACUAAGGAAGCUCUGUCUGCUUUAAGAGAAAGUGUCUUCUUUCUUUAAAAUUUUUACUGAGGGGGACUUAGUACAGUCAACGGAAACUGCAGACAAAAGUACAGAAAGGGACAAGCGGAAUGAGGGAUGUUACAAGGUGAGGACGCAGCUCCACUGUUUCCCCAGAUGUCCCCACAAUGGCCAGUAGGUUCCGAGCCUGUCACAUCUUGCUGCCGGGCCGGGAGGCUGGAAUUGCCCACCGGCCUCUGCUGUGGCCUCGGCUGGGCAAGGGCAGCGCUAUGGUGCACAGGGCAUCGGGCCGCGCUCCCCGGUGUCCCUCGCCGUGUCAGCAGUGCCGGGCUCCGCUCACCGCUCACACCGCGAGCAGCUCCUCCCGCUUAGUGCUGGGGGAGAUCUCUGGUCUCUGAUCCCAUCUCGGCAUCCCCGGGCUGCAGACACCACAGGCGGAACCAACCACAGCUGGAUGGACCACCCAGUCCCAAACUCUCCAAGAGAUGGCACUAAAGGGGGGAUGCGACGGGAGACGGGAGAGGAGGACAAAACCUCGCUGUGCCGCCUGGCGCGGGGAUCUGUCCUCUUUUAAAGAGCCGGGACCGGCACUGCCUGCGCCGACACCAAAGCCCCGCGGCAGUGGUAGCCCGGGGCCGGAGAAGGGGUUGUCCCGCAGGCUCUGGAGCACGAACCCAUCGUGAAACCAGCCACGGAAUCGCCUGCGCCGCACCCGCAACACCCAGCGCGGCCAGUUCCUCCCUGAGGCCUUGCGGAAAGUUUCCCCUCACGCCCGGGGCGCCCUCCGACCCCCCCAAAAUGGCGGCCGCUCCCCGCCCGCCUCCCCAGGGCCGGGGGCGGGCUCGGGCUCGGCGGAGCCGCACGGCCGGGCCGGGCCGGGCCGCCAGCCCCCGCCCCGCUCCCGCUGACGUCAAGCGCCGCCCGGUACCGCGUCCCUCCCCUCAUUGUCAGCGCCCGCACCCGCCGUCCGAGCCCCGGAGCCCCUCGCGGGCUGCGGCUGCCCAAGCCCGGGCUGGGAGCGAGGGAAGCCUGGCCGCUCCUGCCGCCCAGGUAGGCAGAGGGUGAGAUUGCCUCCGCUCAAAGGAACAAUAACACACCAGAAAUACACAAGGUGUACACCAUUCAUCCAGACUAAGAAAAGCUUUAUUCUGAAAGGAAUAAAAUAAUCAUGGCAGAAUGUACAGGUUACAAGGAAACCUCAAAUCGGCACCUACGUUUCAAACUGCAGAGCCUCAGUCGCCGCCUUGAUGAACUGGAGGAAGCAACAAAAAACCUGCAGAAAGCAGAGGAUGAACUGCUGGACCUCCAGGACAAAGUUAUCCAGGCAGAAGGCAGCAACUCCAGCAUGCUGGCUGACAUCGAAGCCCUGAGGAAAAGAGUGCUGAAGAUUGAAGGCAAGGAUGAGGAAAUCAGGAAGGCUGAAGAGCUUUGCAGAUUGAUGAAAGAAAAGCUUGAAGAGGAGGAGAGCCUCACUCGAGAUCUGAAGUCAGAAAUUGAACUCCUGCAGAGGAGAAUGGCAGAGCUGGAGAAGCUGGAGGAGGCCUUCAGCAGGAGCAAGAAUGACUGUACACAGCUGUGUCUUAGCCUCAAUGAAGAAAAGAAUUUGACCAAAAAGAUAUCUACAGAAUUAGAAAUACUUAGAGUGAAAGUGAAAGAACUGGAAUCAUCUGAGGACAGGCUGGAUAAAACUGAGCAGACCUUAACAGCUGAGUUAGAAAAGCUGAAAUCCUUAGCCGUGAGCUUUAUCACAGAAAGAAAACAUUUUAACGAAAGAGAAAAGCAAAAUGAAAAAAUAAUCCAGGAGCUAACACAGAAACUAGAACAAAACAAUAAACUAAAUAGGGCAGAUCAAACUAGAAAUGCAUCCAACUUGCUAGAAAGGUCAUCCAACAAUCUCCUGGACAGAAAUGACAUGAGAAUUGAAGAUGAGAUGACUUCUGCUCUGCCUUCUAAGGAGACCAGGAGGAAGGGAAGUGUGGAUUACCUGAAACACGUAGAAAAUGAAACCAGGAAUAAAUCAGAAAACCAAAAGAAUAAAAACCAGGAAGACAACAAAGUGAAAGAUCUCACCCAAGAAAUUGAGAAACUUAAAACUCAGAUCAAACAUUUUGAAUCUUUAGAAGAAGAACUUAAAAAAGUAAGAGCCAAAAAUAAUGAUCUGCAAGACAGCUACUUAAGUGAGCAAAAUAAAAACAAACUCUUAGCAGGUCAGCUAGAAGAAAUAAAAAUGCAAAUAAAGAAACAGAAAGAUCUGGAGAACGGAGAAGUUGAAAAUGAAGAUACAAGCUUUUCUAGCAGGGGAAAACAUGACCGACCUAAGUACAGAGGUGUCAUGACUGAUUUGGGAGCUGCCAAGCACAAGCCAAGGGAGCUCUCCCCGCAGCAGCGCCGGGACAGAGCGCGGAACAGAGACUUCUCUGCCACCCACGACAGCUACAGCCACAGCGGAAAGCAGGUGCCCAGUCCAAGCUUAAUGCACAGAAAAGCAGGGAAGGCUCCUGGUGCAUCUGCCCUUUCAGACACUGCUGUCACAGAUACAAGAAAACUGGAAGAGAAGUCUUUGGUUUCCACGGUUUCUUCUGGUCAGAAGGAAAGCUGCGUCACGCAGAAUGAGGGGAAGAGAUGCAAAGAGCAGCCGUCCGUGCUCAGCCGGUAUCCUCCUGCUGCACAGGAGCAGAAGUCUUGGAAAGCACCUUCCAAACCUGUUGGUGACACAGGCCUGAGAUCCAAGGCUGAAAAGCCGUCUCAGGUGCUCCGUGGCAGCUGCCAAAACGGUGCUGACACACGGGAUGAGAAGUCAGGCAAAGGAGAAUCAACGGGUUCUUUGGCUGAGAAGCUGAAAACAGCUCAGGCUGAGGUCAGUGAGAGCCUGGGGGACACGCAGCUCUCAAGGGGUAACCACAGCUCUUCCAAUGGCACAGCCUCAGCAUACAGGUACCACGUGUCCUCCAGUGUGGCAGUCUCAGACUCUGCUGGCUCCAAAGUGGAAGCAGCGAGCACUUUUGCUGCAUCACACAGACAGCCCUCAGAGGGGAGGACUAAAAGGGCGGUCAUCUCCCAGGAAAAAGAAGCUGCAGACACAUCACUUGAAAGUGUGAAGCUUUCGGGGCUAACAAAGCGUUCCCAUCACUCCAGGAGUCAGGAAGACAUUCUGCAGAUCCUCACAGGGCUUGAUAAAGAAGGCACCGAGCAGUCUUCAAGUGCAACAACAGAUCAUGUAAAUCUGGGUGUAAAAACUGACUCCAAAAACAUCCAGAGUAACCAGGAAAAACUUAAUUCAGAUGAAGAAUCAGGGAAAGGCAAAAGAUCAACCACUCAGUCAGAUUUUGAGACAAGAAAGAAAGUCAGUUCCAAGCAGUUCUCCAAUUCUAGGGGAGUUUUUAGAGCAUCACUUUUUGAAAAUGACACAAAAACUGUGAAUGAUGAAGACUCUACCAGGUGCAUAAAAUCAUCAGAUGCCAGCACUGGAGGACUGAAAUCCAGAAGGUCCUUCAGCCCUAGAGAAGCUCUGAGAUCAAAAGCCAUCAUUAAACCUGCAAUUGUUGAGAAGGAUAUGAAGGCAAUCAUGGGAGGGACUGUUUCAGAGGCAGAGUCAGAAAAACAGAAGUCUACUUUUAAAACGGUCACAAAUAAAAUGACAAGCAGCAUCACAAUCUUUCCUUCUGAGCCAACAGCUCCAAGGAGCACUGCAGAUACAGCAGCAAAGGAAAGGCAUGUCACCACCAGCAACAUCAGAGUUGCCUCAAAUGAGCCUUCACCAUCAACAGCAGGCAAUGUCCCCUCACCCUUUGAGAUCUCCAUUAACAGAAGUGCUGUGAAGGCAUCUGAGACAGACAGAGGUGGGGAGGCAGUGCCGAGGAGUAAAGCUGAGACCGUGGUCUCGAGAAGCAGCAUUAUGCUAAAGACUUCUGAACUGGUGGAGAGGAGCAGUGAGCCACCUUUGGAGACAAUCAGCUGGAAGAGCCACGCCUCGUCAGACGCUGGUUCAUCCGAAACAAAGCACGUCACUGUGAGAAGUUCCUGGAGAACAAGGCAAGGCCUGCAUUCCCUGGAAGACUCUCAAACCAAAGUGGAGAAAAGUGCAACUUUCAGUGCCACAAACUUGUGUAGGUCCUCAGGGGACCUUUUAGAAGGGGAGGGGAAUAGUUCAAAAACAGACUUCCUGGAGCAGACUUCAUCAAGGACGAGUGCCACAGCUAAUUCUUGGAGUGCCCCUGAACUGGGGUCCCGAAGGACCAAAAGUAACUUAAGUGCAUCUGAGCUGCUGACCCGCAGGAGCUGUGCAAGUGAUCCUGCAGCAGCUGCUGCUUGGCAGAGGACCACGCUACCUGAUGACAGCAAGGACUUUGUGUCCAGUUCCAGAAGGAGGCAGUACGGCUCCUCGGAGCACCUGCUGCAGCCCGACACGCCGGGGAAGAGGACAGCCACCAAGGUGGAGCUGCAGGAGCCCGAGCCCACCCCCCCUCCACCUGCAGGGCUCCAAGGAGAGGAGCAGGGCGCUGCCCGGGCCUGCCGGACAUCUCGGAGAUGAGUGGCGCUCCCUUCUCCUCAGUGACCGUGCAAGAGGCAGGACAGUCCCAAGCUCACAGGCAUCACCUGUUUGUAACCUCUCCGAGGCUUCAACUAGCCUGAAACCAGUUUUGUAAUGCUAUUUGAAAGGUACAGGAGCUUUACCAGUGAAUUUUUUUUCUUCAUUGCUGAAGAGGCAGCUGCAGAGACUUUGCUCAGGGGACUUCCACUUUUCAUCUCUGUACCUGCAAUCUUAACCUUCCCUGUAGAGGAUGACAGGUCUGUCUCCAUAUGAAAACUGAUUACCUAACCUCUCUGAACAAUGGUACUCCUUGCACAAGAGAGAACUUCUUUUUAUUCACUUGUGUUCACACAAGAUCCCAGCAGUGUCCCUGUGAUUGCAUCCACCAGCCCAUGACAGCUGUCCCCCACAAUUGAAAGCUUUCAGUUCACGUGGAGAGUUUGCAUUCUCCUAACACACCCUUGCUGCCUGGGUAGGGGGCACCUCAGUACCUGUGUUUGCAGCACCCUUUGUCUCUAGGCAAGAGGAGACCGUUCCCCACUGGUUACUUUUCAAACUGAGAGGGAGGGAGAGCAGAAAAUGUUUAGAAGGAGUUGGUUCCCUAUCAGUGUCAGCCUCUGCAAUAAGCUCUGCAUGAUCAACUCAUCACCACUUGAGAUCCUGCCCUGAGCAAUCAUCCAUGAGCCAAACCAGCACAGCAGCACCUCCUCCUGCCUGGGACCAGGGUGCCACUGAGCUGAAGCUUUGUGUGUUACACUGCAGGCAGCAGCUCUGUGGCUUGUGCAGGGCAGCUGAGCCCUAAGAGAAACAGAAAGAAGUGCUUUUCCUCACAGACAAGCAGAAUGUCCUCGUUCCUUCGCAAAACAGGGUGGAGACAGCUGGACUGGACCCUCAGCUGAUCUACAGGAGCUUCGGUCUGUGCCUCAACCCCUGUCUGCCAUGCCUGGGACCCAGGUAUGGCCAGAGAGUGCUUCAGACACAGAGGUGUGUCCCCAGCAGUGUCCCCAGCAGUGCUCCCGGUGUCACUGGGGGCAGACACGUCCCCACAGCUGCUGGGGCAGCCUCUGCCCCGAGCCAGGUGAGGGCACCUGGCCCUCAGUCCUUCCUUUCCAUCCCACCCCAGCUGCUGGGCUGGCCCCACACAAACACCACUGCCACCCCCAGUGCUGCCUCUCCCUCUGCAGCAGGACAAGGAUAAAGCCCAGGCAGAAAAGUCCUUGAUCUGUUCCAGAGGUGCUGUGGGAGGAGCUGCACCCCAACAGCUUCCAUGGCUGAGUUGCACCCCACUCCUGUUCCCAUAUCCCACCUCCAGAGGAGCAGGAACCAGAGCCAGCCGAUUGCCCUGCACCUCCCUGGGCUGCAGCUCCUCCCUGGCCUGGGAAACAUUCACCUCAAUUCUGAGAAGAGAAUGAAUCAAAAAAAAUAGAGCUGGUUGCAAAAUAUCUAUGAAAACAUUUAUAUAAAAGGGAUGUGUUUUAGUGACAUUAUUUUUUUUAUAAAGAUUGCUUGGAGGAAGGGAAAAAUUAUUUUUGAAAAAAAAAAAGGUUUCUUUUUGGAAUUUUAAAGAUGUUUUCCCAAGUGUAUAUUUUUAACCCUUCAUUUUAUUCUUUUACAUGUCAUGAUGUAUAUGUCAACUUGCAUAACAAAACAAAAAGAUAAUGCUUUUAAAUUAGUACUGAGUGGCAGCUCUAAUAAUCUUUAAAUUAUAUUAAAAUAAAUUGUAUCAACUGCUCUCUCUUACCAUUGACAUGGUAGUGCUAGUAGAAUGAGAAAAAAAUUUUAAACUCCAACUCCAAACUAAAAAUGAAAGCAAGUGAAAUUCUGAAGCUAAAUUCAGACUUCUGAACUGCCUCCCCCUGCCCCACGUUUGUCAGGAAGGAUUGGAAAUCCUUAUGGAUGGUGGAACCUGAAACCUCAUGGAUGCAGCAGCCCUGUGCAGUGGCUGCAUCCUUCCUGAGCACCCUGCUCUGCUUCAGCACCCACAGAGGGAUUGCCUGAGCAGCAGCAGCUUCCCCUGCCCAGAGCCUGCCCAGCUCAGCUCUGCCCACCACAGGGUGCCUCUGCCUCUGCCCCCUCCUUUCCCUGUGCCCCUCCAGGCUCCAUCUGCUGCCUCAGCAGCCCAAAUGCCUCCCACAGGACCCGCCUGCUCACCCUGGGAGCAGCUGGGAGACAUCGGGGCAUGUCCCUGCCUCUGCAGAUGUCACAGGGUCCCCAAAGCUGCUGCUGGGCAGCCCCAGCUGGCACCUGUGGGCUGUGGCACCGCUGGGUGCUGCAGUUGUGCCUCCAGAAGCCCAGCACAGUGUGGGGCUGUUCCUGCCCGAGGUCACUGCUGCCCAGGACCUGCAGCUUGUACAAACUGCUGGACAGCACGAGCACAGCGAGGAGGACAAGGAUCACUGUGGGCAGUGACUGAGCAGCUUUCCUCACAGGGCAGGGGCCCACACACCACAGCACGUCCCUGCACCUCCACCAGCUUUCUCCUGCUCACCUCCUUGGCAUGGAUGUGGCUUUAGCGUGGUGCUCCCAAAGAGCCUUCCAAGGGAAGUGGUUCCAGUCGUGGCGAGGAAAUCUCUGCCUGCCUGUGAUUCACCCUGGCUUACCCAUCAGCUUCUCCACCCCAGUGCUCAGCCCGAGAACACAGCCCAAGAACUGUGUCUGGAGUGCAAGGGAAGAACCAGCAGCAGCAAUUGAUGUUGAGUUUUCUCCUUCUGUCAGCCAGGACCAGGCUCUACCCUGCUGCUCAGCUGGCUUAGCCCCAGCUGCUGGCACUGUCUUCAGGUGCUUCUCACAGAUGAUGUCUCUCCUUUCUCCAGCUGCCUCAGUUAUUUGUUCAAUAUUUCACAGCAGACACUUUGAACUCCUGCUCUAGACUCAGUUUCACUGCUUGUAAAUACUGGACACAGAUGUCACUUGGUAACUGCACACUGGUUGUUUUUACCACAGCUGAGAUGAAAUCUGAGAAAGAAAACCCUACCUAGUAUGGAAAGGGGCCAUGCCCUCUAGUCAAUGAGUGCAAUAGGAGCUGAUUGUAUUAUUAAUCUUAUAGCAAUGACUUCAGGAAACACAAUGUGUUUACUCGAAUUGCACACUUUUUUUGAACAGCUGUAAAAUAGAGUAUAUGUGUAAAUAUUGCCAUCACUGAAGAAGUAUUUGUAAUUUUAGCAUAUAAAUAUAACAGGCUUUUCAGUAGGCUUGAUGAUGCACAAGGCCACGCAUCGAGCCCUCGGGUAAUUCCAAAGUUGUAAAUGUAUUUGCUGUACAGAGGAAGUGUCAGUGCUUGCUGCUCCCAAGGAACCUCAGCUGCCGGUCCCCUUUGGAGAGCCAGUGCCUUCCCCAGCAGGGCUGGCUCCAGCCUGAGGGCCCAGCAGCUCCCUGGAAUGGCUUCCUUCAUGUCCAGAACCACCUCUGCAGCCUCAGAGCUGCCUGUCCACUCCUCCGGGGCGUGGGGACAGCCUGGCCGUGGGCAGGGCCCCGCAGGGGAGAAGGGCAGGAAGCAGAGGCAGAGCCACGGGCCUUGCUGCUUCCAGAGACACUGCACAGGCAAUCCCUAGGCUGAAGCAAUACUCACAUUGGUGUCAUCUCUAACGCAGCAGACCUCACCUCUGCCACCCUUGCACGCCGUUGAAGCAAUCAGGGCACUGCUCCAGGGCAGCCUCCCCCGGCUGAGCUGUGCUACACUACAGAAGCCAUCGGCUGCUGCUGCCUCCCACGGCCAGAGCCAGGCCCAAAGGAUCCUCCUGGGCUGCCCCCCUGCAGUGCCGGCUCUGCUUUGGGGAAGCAGCACUCCAGGCUGCAUGGAAUGUAUUUUUAAGAGAAUAAAUCUAUUUUUUUGUAUUUGUGAACAUAUAUUUGGGUGGGGCAGCUUAGUUAGAAGACAAAUAAUGCAAGAAAUCUUUUCAUAAUCACAGGCUCAUCCAAGUUAAGCAGAUUUUCCAGGGUUGCAGUAUUGCCUUCUCCCCUAAAAUAAACUUUGUGUCCAAUAGAACUAUGAGCAGUGUUCCACCCUCUUAGAACUUGCCCUGUCUCAGCACGCUGAGUAGAGGAAAGCCCGUGCUUUCCUCCCCAGGCUGCCCAUGCAGUGGCUACAGAUGGUGCUCACCUCCCUCCAGUGACACAGUGCUCUUAAGUCUGCAUGCCAAAUGUAAACACACACUUAUCUGCAUGUCUGUCCUGACUAAACACUGUCAGUGCUACAGUAUAUAACCAAUAAACACUCUUCUCUUUUUA